AUGGAUCUCCUAUUCAUCCUCCCCAACUUUUCAAUAAAGCCAUACGCUCAUAUUCUCCCGCCUCUUGAACGAAGCAGAAUUACCACCGUCGACCUAAUCUCGCUCGACACUCUCGAAAUCGCGAAAAGGGCCCACGUUCCCCCUGCCGAUGUCCGCCGGCUAGCCAACCACCUCAUAAAAGCCCUGCACCACGAUGUCGGAUUCGAAGAAAUACCCCGCGUCGAGCAAAGCGAGCCGGACUCCAGUGUCGAUCUCGACGUACCGCUGAUUCCGGGGCCGCAGACCCGGCUUGACCUCUCGCAUUGGUGUGUUAUCAGUACGCUCGACCCCGCAUUGGAUACCUUGUUAGAUGGGGGGAUACCGACGGGAUAUGUGACGGAGAUAACGGGCGAGAGUGGGAGCGGCAAGACGCAGUUUCUUCUUGGCCUGUUGCUGGCGGUCCAGCUUCCACCACCGCGGGGUGCAGCGAAAAGCGCCAUCUACAUUUCUACGGAGGCUCCUUUGGCUACGAACCGGCUUUCUCAGCUCAUCGAGUCUCAUCCGUAUCUUUCGAGUCUUGCACGGGACGAUGCCCCCUCACUGGAGAAAGUCCUCUCCAUCAAUGCAAUGGAUCUGGAAAGUCAAGACCAUAUCCUGAACUACCAGCUACCUGUUGCUAUUAAACGGUAUAACGUUGGGCUCGUCGUCCUCGACUCGAUCACAUCCAACUAUCGAGCUGAGCAUACAUCUCACGACUUAUCGGGCCUAUCGACACGCUCCGGAGAGCUCGCGAAGCUAGGUCAGAUGCUGCGCAACUUGGCCGCGAAUGAGGAUAUUGCCAUUGUGGUCGCAAAUCAGGUCUCUGAUCGAUUUGAAGGGGAUGUCCCGACUUCUUUUCCACACGCCGCCCGCGACCGAACUCCCAUGUCAUCUCCAUCGCAAUAUCAACGAGACCCAAUCGAUCGCGAUUUAGGCGCAGCGUCGCCUCUACCUCGACAGCGCCCGCCAGAGCUGAAUAAUAACGAGUCAUACCAAAAUACCCUUGCCAUACCCCAGUCUACGCCGAAUAUUCUGUCCUCCUCUCCUCUGCCACCGACACAAGAUGAUUCGCAAGCGCAAGCGCAGCCGGACGGCUCGUACCUAGUGGGCAACCCGGUGCGGAACGAAAUUCUCAGUCUACAACAUCAACAGCGCUUUUUCACGGGGUGGGGGGACCGGCCAACUACCUCAAGUGUCUAUCCUUUUCGGCCGCCAACACUCAAAACGCCGACGCUGGGUCUCGUGUGGUCUACGCAGAUUGCAUGUCGAAUUGCACUGAAGAAACACGAGCGUAGCCUUGAUAUCUCCGCGGACGAAUACCCGCUACCGAGCCGCGCGCAGAUGUCGUCAAAGGAAGAAAACAACGAGGCCAACGAACGCCUUGGACAGACCCUUGAAAGUGGCAGCCCCAGUGCAGCUCCAGUCGACGUUGAGAAUCAAAGAUACAUGCACAAAUCUCCUUCGACAUUGAAAACUAUGGUUACGCCCUCUCAAACUCAACCCAUCGAGCAGACCGUCCAACGAAGCAUGAAGCUCGUCUUCUCCCCAUGGGCGGGAAAGGGAGGAUUGUCCCAGUUGCAGGAUGAAGUGGAAUUCGAAAUCUGGAAGGGUGGGAUGAGGGCUGUUUCGAAUAAUGUAACAUAG